GACGCUCCAGAGCGCACAACUGCACGGAGCUGGAAGGUCUCCACUAUUAAAACUUGUCACUCUUUGAAAAAUAUUAGACGACAUGCUUUAGCUUUUAAUCGUUUUUGUAUUCAGAUAUAUUAUGAAGACAACUUUUGAUAGAUAUACCGUACAACUGUUGAGAAAAUAUUUUUCUUGGGAUGCCAUCAAAUUCGCGCAACAGGUUCCGAGACAUUCAGCCGUGUAAACUCCAAUCCAUGUAGGAGGAAGAAGCAUGUUGUCUGCAUUUUGGAGCUUUGGCAUCGAGCAGGAGAUCAACUCAUGGGAUGUAGUGGAUGCAGAGUCAGGUUCAACUUUGGAAAGGUGCUUUCUAAAGUCUCGGUGUUCUUUACCAUGGUCCUGAUCUUUACUUACUUCUUCUACUGCCUCACUGGAUUGUGCGAUUCGGCUCCUAGAACUCUAUACAGCCAACGAGCUUCCGACGGGAACAAUGAUAUAUCGGACGAUGGUCGCCGAGUGAUGGAGGACCUGAGACUUUACGCGGACGCGCAGAUUCCCGGGAACCGCUCAGCCCCGGCGGACGCACAGCAGGUGGACGCGGAUGACCAGCUGCCGCAUCACGAGCUGGACAACAACGGGAUCCCCGUGGCCAACACUUUCGGCACCAAAAGGUUCCCACAGGCGAUUAUUAUCGGCGUAAAGAAAGGGGGAACCCGCGCCCUGCUGGAGUUUCUCCGCAUCCACCCGGACGUGAGGGCGUUUGGUGCAGAGCCCCACUUCUUCGACCGGUUCUAUGAGAGAGGGCUGGAGUGGUACAGGAACCUGAUGCCUCGGACACUGGAUGGGCAGAUUACCAUGGAGAAGACACCCAGCUACUUUGUCACGAAGGAGGCUCCCGGUCGUGUCUGCACAAUGAACUGCCAAACCAAGCUAAUCGUGGUGGUCAGGGAUCCGGUAACACGUGCUGUGUCCGACUACACCCAGACACUGUCCAAGAACCCAGGCCUUCCAUCCUUUCAGAGUCUCGCCUUGAAAAACUCCUCCUCGGGUCUGGUUGACACUGCAUGGAGUGCCGUGCGCAUCGGCCUCUAUGCCAAGCACCUGGAGAACUGGCUUCAGUACUUCCCCCUGUCUCAUUUUCUGUUCGUUAGCGGCGAACGCCUGGUGUCCGAUCCGGCUGGGGAGAUGGGUCGUGUUCAGGACUUCCUGGGUCUAAAAAGGGUCAUUUCAGACAAACACUUCUAUUUCAACCAGACUAAAGGAUUUCCCUGUUUGAAAAAGCCAGAAGGAAGCAACAGACCUCGCUGCCUUGGAAAGUCUAAGGGUAGACCACAUCCACAGAUCCCCACCGAGGUGCUGCUGAGACUGAGAGAGUUCUACAGGCCUUUUAACCGCCAUUUCUACCAGAUGAGCGGACAAGACUUUGGCUGGGACUAAAGUCGUGGGAUGUGUUAGCCCAGAUUCAAGCAAGCACCAUGGUUGGGUGCAUUCACUGUUUCCACAGGGCUAACAUUCUCAGGGAGGAGUUGUGAAAAGUCUGUACUUUCUUCGCAGUCAGCAUGGCAUAUGCAGCUCUCACGUCCCAUUUAGGAGCUGAGGGGCAGACGGUGCUGCUAAUACGCAGGUUAUACACACAUAGCGAUUCAACGAUUAAACCGUUCUCUUGCUUUUGCAGCAUGGUCCCUUGGUUUUAAUGUUUUUUUUCAUAAUGUUUUAUAAGAUGAACUCAUAUUUAUAGUUUACGUUUUUAUAAAAUACAACAUUUGCCUUUUCUAUUUUAAGAAAGAAACAUAUUUAUUACAUGACAAGGAAUGACAUAAUAUCAUUGUUCUGACAGGACAUUGAUCUUAUUGUCUUACUCCUACAAUACCUUGAUGCAUUUAUGUUUAAUUGCAUUAGCUGUUUCCAAAGGCUUUUUGGAAAUCUCUAACUAGUUCUAUGUUGGAUUUAUGAUGUUAUUUGCUGUUGGUAUACCAAAUGAUACCUCAUCUGUGGAUUGGAAAUUAAAAACAUACAGACACACAUUCUAUUUGUUGUAAAUUGUAGAUAUUUUUCCCUUCAAUUAUGCAUUCCACCUGUGUUUUCAUUGCCUUGGAUAAUUCUAACACUAUCAGUUAUCAAUCACUUCUCCUAAAUUGAUUUUGGAGUUUUAGUUAUUUUGAACCAAUUUCCAUCCAACAAAAUGCAAAUGUGUGUGUAAUUAAAGCUGAUAUGAGUUUUAUCUAUAAUGAUGUACAGUCUAUUUUCAUUCAGUGUGAUUUAUCUUUUUUUUAUUGAAACCUUUUGUACAUGGAUCAAACCACACGUAAUGAUUUGAGUCUUGUCACAUUGUAUUUUACAGGUCAUGCAACGAAAAAGCAUUUUCAACAAAAGUCUUUAACACAAACUGAAAGGGGAUGCAACAUUCUCUGUAAACGAAAUAUUAAAUGUAUACAGUAUUGCACAUUAAACAAUUCAGAUGUCUUUUUGUUCAUCUGACCGAAGCUUGUGCCUACAGAAUUACUGUGUCUUUGCUGACUUGGUAUAUGGCUUCUUCCUUGUGUAA